AUGACAGUUAUAUCUAUCCUUUUCCUGUUACUCAUGGUUUCAAUGUCAAGCCUUUCAAUUGCGUCGCCAAUAACUUGUGAAUUAAAGAGAUACAGUAAGGAAUGCUUCUUUUUAUACAGCGAUCAGGUCAAUGCUACUAUUGAAUUCUACUUCUCUGUUCAACAUGGUGAAAGAAAUGAUGUCUUUAUCAGUUAUUCCAUCAAGGAUCCAGAAAGAAAUUCAUUGUUCAAUAGAAAGAGAAUCAGCCAGAGUGAAUUUAAGUUUCUAGGUGAAGAACCUGGUGAAUACACUGUAUGUUUCAACAAUGAGAGUGAUAAUGACAAGAUUAUUGAUUUAAAGUUUGAGUUAAGUAACUCUAUAAAUGAGUAUGAUAAAAGUUUUGGAAGCUUUAAUACGUGGAAAGAGAAUUUAAAUCCAUUACAAUUCUCGAUAUCUUAUGAGAUAGAUAAUUUAGAGCACCAAAUAUCCAUAUUGUCUUCAAAUUUGGGAUAUUAUAAAGCUAGAAGUCAAAGGAAUAACGAAACUGUCACGUCCAUUAAUAAGAGAAUUGCAGUCACCACAAUAAUAACUUUGAUGUUCAUUAUUGUAGCCAAUAUAGUACAACUGAAAGUAACGAAAUACAUUCUAAACAAAUAUGAUAGACUUCACUAG